GGAGCUUUUGUAUUUUUUCAAAAUCUUUUUUCUGUAUACAUUUCAGUAAUCAGACUCUCAAGCUUCCAUGACGACCAAGUAAAAGAUUUUAACUCCACCCCAACCACACCAGCUUUCAGAUUUGAGCUCAGAGAGAAAAAAGAGAGAUCUUUUGGUGUGGGUUUGUGUGUUUCUUGACAAGGGUAGUCUGGAUAAUAUGAGUAAUUGGCUGGGGUUCUCUCUGACUCCACACUUGAGGAUUGAUGAAGGUUUUGGGAGAGAAACCCAUGACAAUGGAGCUUUUCCUCCUCACUUGUCUGUCAUGCCCUUGCGCUCUGAUGGCUCUCUCUGUUCUGCUGGUGCUGAUGAUGAUUUUGCAGAUUGGAGAUAUGAGAAUCCCAUGGGCGCUUCAAAUCCAAACGAAGAGGGCCCAAAACUUGAAGAUUUCUUAGGCUGCUGUUACUCAAACUCUACCCCGGAUGAAACCAAAGUCUACUGCCAUAACCAAAACGACAACGUCUCCGACAUCAACGUUAACAUAGCCCCUAGCUUCAACGCCAACGGAGAAAUAGAAAGCGGCGGAGGAGAGAAUCUCACAAACCCACCAAUAUCUCAUCACUUACUUCAAGCCUACCCCUCCUACAAUGAAACCCCACAAACCCUAAUCGCCGGCAAUGGCAACGGCAACGGCAUGUACAACAAGUCUUGGUUAGGCCAAACACUCUAUCCUGACGGAAAUUCAAAUGGGUGUAGUUUUCAGUCACUAUCUCUCACAAUGAGCCCCGGUAGCGCACAAAAUAGAUUGGAUACAAUUUCACCUGCUCAAGCCUCUGACAACCGUAAACGACCGGCCGUUUCAAAGGCUCUUGCCAGAGAACCUGUUCCUCGUAAAUCCAUCGACACUUUUGGGCAGAGAACCUCUCAGUUUCGUGGUGUUACGAGGCAUAGAUGGACCGGGAGAUAUGAGGCCCAUUUGUGGGAUAACAGCUGCAGAAAAGAGGGGCAAACUAGGAAGGGAAGGCAAGUUUAUCUUGGUGGCUAUGACAAGGAAGAAAAAGCAGCAAGGGCUUAUGAUUUAGCUGCUCUCAAGUAUUGGGGUCCAACAACUCACAUUAAUUUCCCUAUAAGCACUUACGAGAAAGAACUUGAAGAGAUGAAGAACAUGACUAGGCAAGAAUUUGUUGCGAAUUUGAGAAGGAAGAGCAGUGGGUUUUCGAGAGGGGCAUCUGUGUAUAGAGGAGUGACAAGGCACCAUCAGCAUGGAAGGUGGCAAGCUAGGAUUGGCAGGGUUGCAGGAAACAAGGACUUGUACCUUGGAACAUUUAGCACACAAGAGGAAGCGGCUGAGGCCUAUGAUAUUGCAGCAAUUAAGUUUAGGGGAACAAGUGCAGUUACAAAUUUUGAUAUGAGUAGGUAUGACGUGAAAAGAAUUUGCUCAAGCUCCACGCUGAUUGCCGGUGAACUUGCGAAACGUUCGCCAAAAGACUCGGCUGCGGCUUUGGCUUCCCUUGAGGACUACAAUUCCUGUGCCUCAUCCACUUCCCCUCUACCACCCCUUUUGGCCAUAACAAGCAGUGAUCAGCCUUCCGACGAUUUGGCAGACAUGGUGUGGACCUCCAACAAUGAGGAUGUACAUCAACACAAUGAGAAUGCAAACACCAACAAUGAUGCAACAUUGGUGGCUUCUAGCAGCAGGAAUUCUUCGAACCCACAAAGCCCAAAAUGCGCUUUUGGAACAAGUAGUGAAUUUGGAAUUGGUGGAGGAGACUAUUCUCAUGCCUACUUCUCGCUUCAAGGGGCAAAGUAUGAAGUUGGCAGUAUUGGGAAUGAGCAUGGGAUGCCAAUAGGCUGAGAAAUUUGGCCUUGGUUCAUCAGGUCUCUAUGUUUUUGCAUUGUUAAAAUGUGUGACAGAGAUACUGGAUGUUAAGAUUUGAGAACAGAAGGUAUUUAUAAGGGAUAUCUAAAUAGAUGGUAGAAUUCUGGCUUCUAGGCUUUUUAUCAGCUUA